AUGGCUUGUGUUAGAUUUAUCCUUCAGAGAGGGACAAAAAUAUUAGAAACACAAGCAGCUGUAAACACAAGACUUGCACAGGUAAUCAAGGACUCUGGAAUUGGAGACCCUGAUUUUUCACAUUGUGGAUUUAAGCUAGAAUGUGGGUCAUGUGCAGUUAAUAUUGAUCAUUCGCUUGCAGGAGCACCUAAAAUUGAAGAAUUGAUGCUGCUGAAAUCAAUGGGAGAUGAAAAAUCAACUAGGUGUUCAUGCCAAAUACAAGUUAGUGAAAAAUUAGAAGGGAAAACUAUAAAGCUAGUUUGGUAA